AUGAAAUUUUGUGUUUUCAUUUUGCUCUUAGGUUUAGUUAUUUGUGAUUAGCUACAUGCAUAAAGCAAUUUAAGAUAUGAAUAUUAAUUUGCUCCAUGGAGUUUAGAUUGCACGAAUAAAUGUCAAAGUGCUGGAGGUGUUGUUUGUGGAUAUGAAACAUAAGUUUGUUGCAGAUCAGUAUGAUCUACUACUAUAAAAUUAGGGUAAAUGCUUAAAACAAUGGAAGUCUGAGACUUGUGAUACUUGGGAUAAAAUUCACAUUUUAAAUUGUGUACCAGGGCCAAGUAGCAAAUAAUGACUUAUAAAAUUUAUCAUUUUAUAAUAUGC